AUGCGGCUCUUCCGAGUUGCCAACCGCACCAACUUCGUCAGGAGGUUCUCGUCACCAGUUCCUUUCAAGUAUCAGGAUCUCUUCGAAAACUCAAAGCCCGACUCAACAGAGUACCGUAAGCUCACGGGCGACUAUGUCUCUACUUUCCCCGGACCCGAUGGGCGAACUUUCCUCAAGGUCGAACCGGAGGGGCUGCGACUUCUGUCAAAACAAGCCAUGAUCGACAUCUCUCAUCUGCUGAGACCUGCGCACCUGCAGCAGUUGAGCAAAAUCCUCAAGGACCCCGAGGCGUCAGAGAACGAUCGAUUCGUGGCCCUCGAGCUGCUCAAAAACGCCAACGUCGCGGCGGGAAUGGUCCUCCCCUCCUGCCAGGAUACAGGAACGGGCAUCUGCAUCGGCAAGAGAGGUCAAAUGGUGAUGACCGACGGCGAUGACGAGGAGCAUCUCUCCCACGGGAUAUACGAUGCGUACACAGGAACCAACCUGAGAUACUCUCAGGUCGCUCCCCAAGACAUGUUCUCGGAAGCGAACACGAAAUGCAACCUCCCAGCGCAGUUUCUCUACCUCGCAAAAGGUGGAGGCUCAGCAAACAAGACGUACCUCUAUCAGCAGACCAAGGCGCUUUUGAAUGAGAAUUCCUUGAAAGCCUUCAUUGAAGAGAAGGUCAAAUCUCUUGGAACAGCCGCUUGUCCUCCGUAUCACAUCGCGCUUGUGAUUGGCGGGCUCAGUGCUGAGCAGACACUCAAGACUGUCAAACUUGCAAGCACCAAAUACCUGGACGAUCUCCACACUUCAGGCAAUGCGUCGGGCAGAGCGUUUCGUGAUCUCGAAUGGGAGCAGAGAGUUCUCCGUAUGUGCCAAGAGAUGGGCAUCGGAGCUCAGUUUGGUGGAAAAUAUUUCUGCCAUGAUGUGAGAGUGGUCAGACUUCCAAGGCACGGAGCUUCUUGCCCAGUCGGAUUGGGAGUCUCGUGCUCUGCUGAUCGCCAAGCGAAGGCAAAGAUAACCAAGGAUGGAAUCUUCCUCGAAAAGCUUGAAACUGAUCCUUCCAAGUAUCUUCCUGAGGUGUCUGAAGAUAAACUGUCUCAAAACGUGGUCAAGCUCGAUCUGAACAAGCCGAUGAAAGAAAUUCUCAAUGUUUUGACAAAACAUCCGAUCAAGACAAGGCUCUCGCUUACAGGAACUCUGGUGGUAGCAAGAGAUAUCGCUCAUGCGAAGCUCAAGGAGCGACUUGACAGCGGGCAAGGACUUCCGGACUACGUGAAGAAUCACCCCAUCUAUUAUGCGGGCCCUGCAAAGACUCCUGAAGGACUGCCCUCUGGUUCCUUUGGACCAACUACAGCUGGCCGUAUGGAUCCAUACGUGGAUUUGUUCCAGAAGAACGGCGGAAGUCUCAUCACCCUGGCCAAAGGAAAUCGAAGCAAGCAGGUCACCUCCGCCUGCAAGAACAACGGGGGAUUCUACCUUGGCUCGAUCGGAGGUCCUGCCGCAAUCUUGGCCAAGAACUGCAUCAAGAAGGUAAACCUAGAUUCUUGCGCCAAAGGGCAGCUUCACCAUGAGGGUUGCUCUGGCGUGCAGCAUCAACUGACCGGCAAGCAGGUCGAAGUUCUCGAGUACCCUGAGCUCGGCAUGGAGGCAAUCUGGAAGAUCGAGGUCCAAGACUUCCCUGCGUUCAUCGUGUGCGAUGACAAGGGCAACGACUUCUUCCAAGAGUUCAACAUGUGA